AUUUUCUGCCACGUUGUGGUAAGAUUCGCCUUCGUUUGGUCACUUUGUUGGUUGUCACUCGAAUUAAAUCACUUUAAUUGUGAUCUUUGCGGGUUUUAGUGGCGGUUGCUGAACUUUAGACAAAAUGAAUUUAAUUUUUACAUUUUGUUUAAUUUUUGUCUCAAUUAUACCCGCGUUUAGUAACGACGAAGAGGUUAAAGUUGAUGACGGCGUGUUAGUAUUAACUCAGAAGAAUUUCAAGAGUGUAAUUAGCAGUAACGACUUCGUUCUUGUAGAAUUUUAUGCGCCAUGGUGCGGCCACUGUAAAGCCCUAGCACCCGAAUACGCCAAGGCAGCUAAGUCUCUAGCCGAUUCGGGAUCACAAAUCAAACUAGCCAAAGUAGAUGCGACCGAAGAAACAUCGCUGGCAGAGGAUCACGAAGUGAGGGGCUACCCGACACUGAAGUUCUUCAAAAAGGGAACCCCAGUAGAAUAUAGCGGUGGUCGAUCCGCCGAUGAAAUUGUCAACUGGUUGAACAAAAAGACUGGCCCUCCGGCGAAGGAACUUAAGGAUGUCAAGGAAGCCAAAUCUCUGAUUGAUGAUAAUAAUGUGGUCGUGAUCGGUUUCUUCAAAGACCAAUCUUCCGAAGCAGCCAAGGUGUUCUUGGAUGUUGCAAGCUCUUUUGAUGAUUUUCCAUUCGGAAUUACGUCAGAUGAAAGCAUUUUCCAAGAACACUCUUGCAAGUGUGGUGAUAUUGUAUUAUUUAAGAAGUUUGACGAUGGCAAGGUACAAUACGAAGGUGAACUUAACGUAAAGAAUCUCAAGAAAUUUUUGUCUACCGAAUCGUUGCCUUUACUUGUUGAAUUUAACCACGAAACCGCCCAGAAGAUCUUCGGAGGCGAAAUUAAGAGCCAUCUCCUACUCUUCUUAAGCAAAUCCAAUGAAGAAACUGCCAAGAUCGAGGAAGCAGCGCGAUCGGUCGCGAAACCCUUCAGGGAAAAGGUACUCUUCGUCACCAUCGACACCGACGAAGAAGACCACCAGAGAAUCUUGGAAUUCUUUGGAAUGAAGAAGGAAGCCGCCGCCGCGCGUUUGAUCAAACUCGAAGAGGACAUGUCGAAAUUCAAGCCCGAAACUAAUGAACUCACUGCGGACAGUAUUAAGAAAUUCGUGCAAGACUUCUUGGACGGCAAAAUCAAACCACACUUGCUCAGCCAAGACCUUCCCGACGAUUGGAACAAGAGUGGCGUUUAUACGCUCGUCGCCAGUAACUUCGAUAGCAUCGCGCUCGAUCCCACAAAGGACGUCCUGGUCGAAUUUUACGCCCCCUGGUGCACCCACUGCAAACAAUUGGCGCCAAUUUAUGAAAAGAUCGGCGAACACUUCAAGGACAACGAUGACAUUGUCAUCGCCAAGAUGGAUUCGACUGCUAACGAAUUGGAGCACACUCGUGUCACUAGCUUCCCUACCAUUAAGCUGUAUGCUAAAGGAGAAAACAAAGUGAUCGAAUACAGCGGUCCCAGGACAUUCGAGGGAAUUACCAAAUUUGUCGAAAGUGGUGGCUUGGAUGGAGCAAACGUUGAGGAACCAUUUGAAGAGGAUAGUGAAGAUGAUGAUAGUCCAAAGAAAGACGAGUUGUAAUUUUUAUAGUUGUAGAUCUGUUUUUUUUUGGUUUUUUUAAAAUUUACAUAUAUUUUCAUAACUCAAGUGAUUUUUUUUGGAAUUAAUUUUUUUUAAUAUACAUGUGCAUUAUGCUUCCGACCUCUGCUAAGAGGAAAUUUUUGAUCUUACCUCCUUUUGGAGGAUUUGUGAGACUGGUUGUGUGUAUCUGUAUUAUAUUCUUCAAAGUACCAUUCUUCAUGUGGUUAGUUUUAAGUUUCACAUUCCUUCUGUAUGCAAAGUUCAUUUAUAUAAUAUAUAUUUAUAAAUAGAAGAAGUUAGGGGAAUUUCAAGUUGCAGAUUUUCAAGACCGCCACACGAUUCGAUAUUAAAUACUGCAGUAGUUGAUGUAAAAAAUAUUUUGUGAAAUUAUGAAUGUAUUAACUUCACGUAUGUGAAAUGAAAAACUGAAUACAUUACUAAGCUUG